UAUCAACGAUUCUUCACCACUAGAGGGUGGAAUAAUGUAAAAUGUGAAUAGAAAAAAAAUGAAGUAGAAAGUAGGUAUUGAAAAGUGAAGGGUGAUGCACGACAAAGCAUCGCCUUUUCUUUGUGUGCGGCGGUGAGCGCGGAAAACGUCUUCGCAACGAAUCAUGUAACACAGAGAAGUUACUGUUACGGUCGACAAACAAGAUGAGGACGUCUGUUGGAAGCUAUGCAACUGGAUGCGUGAGCGCGUGUGUAAACAGUUCUGGUGAAGUUCACAGCCGUCUGCUCAAUGGAAAGAGGAGACGCGACUACAUUCCAAACAGGCGGACGAAUGUGCGGCAUUUAACAUUUGGAGUCCUUUUAUAAAAAGCUUCAGCCCACUCAAAUCCGCAGAAGCCGCAAAAGGAAGGCAAAAUGGAUGCUGAUGAACCAGGCGACAAGUCCCAAGAAUGCGCGAUGAUUAGGAGCAGCAGCUUCUUUAAGCUGAUUGAUGCGUUUGCGCUGGAGAUUGGGGAGUUAAAAAAGGAGAUGGUUCUUCCCUCACCUACAGUGGACCAGGAGCCAGUUGACAUAGGGCCAGGGAGGAAGAUGAGUAGUGAAGCGUGUGGUAUUUACCAGGGGGCCCCCCAACAUGACAGUGUGAGGUGUGAGAGGGAUUAUGGAUAUGACUCAUUACGGAGGAAGAUGAGUGUAUUGGACAGACUCACGCAAACCCACCCUGUGUGGCUACUGCUGACAGUCAGUGAAGAGGAGGCAACACAAAUACUUCUGAAACAGCCACCAGGGGUUUUCUUGGUACGGAAGUCAGUCCCACUGCAGAGGAAGGUUCUCUCUGUGCGCCUGAAAGGGAAUCAGUUGGCAAACUCUAUCGGUCACUUCCCGGUCAGAGAGAGCCAGUAUACAUUUUCUCUGGAUGGAAGUGGGAUCAGCUUUGCAGACCUUUUCCGUCUGGUGGCUUUCUACUGCAUAAGCAGGGACGUGUUGUCCUUCCCUCUCAAGCUCCCAGAAGCCAUUGCAUCUGCGAAGACACAAAAGGAUCUGGAAGAGGUGGCUCAACUUGGACCAGGCUUUUGGGACUCUGCCCUGUGCAGCCAGCGCCCUAGCUCCCAGCCUCCCUGUCGCCCUUCGAGCCGUACUCUCAGCCCCCAAAGGAGCAGCAGGACCAAGGAGGACGAGGGGUUGCGACCAAGUCACACCGGGCCCCACUGUGACAGCGCACCACCAACAUUAUGUCACCGGGCUCCUUCCUGUCGAAGUGAGAGAAGACAUUCCAGUGCUACUCUCUGCUUUGUCAGCCCUCUAUUUUUCCAGACACGCCAGCACCACCACCAUCGUGAGCCAUCGUCACAUGAGACUAGAAACGUGUCUAUGACACCGACAAGUGGCGACCAAGCCAGUGGCCAGAUCCCUGACGAGAAAGUAAAACGCAAGUCACACCCCCCUCCUCGACCACCUCCCCCUCGCUUAAUGCAGCGCAGGCGACCAGCCCCACCUCCACCUGGACCUCCAGCACUUACAACCAGACCCAAGAGCAUGCCAGUGGCUAUUCCCCUAGCCCCAAGGCAACAGAAGGCCCGUGUCAGGCGCCCGGCACCCCCUCGACCAACAAUGGGUACUAAGCACAGCAGCCCACCCAAAAGUGCAAGCUCACCAGUCCCUGUGCCUUCAAAGCGACCACCUCCAAGACCCGAUAAGCCGGUUCAGACAUACAACUGCCACAUUGCCCUUGAUGAUGAGACCAUUGCCAACGCCUUGUCUCGAGUCAAGCUCCCACCUUCUGUUUCGGAUGACGUUCUUCUGGAGAAAAGUGGUACGAGUCCGUCCAUCCAAAAUGAGAGAGAACUUCAAAGACUCAGUGGCAUGAGCAUGUCUACUUCUUCCUCUGAUUCAUUGGAAUUUUCACAAUCUCCUGGAUUUUCCCUGGACAUAGGCUCCGGCCAGUCGUGCCAUCUGAACCAUCAAGAGACUGUAGAGGAUAGCAGUGAGGAUGAGGAUGACGAUGACGGGGAAGAGGAAAUAGAGGAGGACUAUGGGGUGGGCCUAGAAGCUGACCUAGAAAUGCGUCUCCGUCAGUCCUUCAAAACUAGACGGCGGAGGGUAGGUGUAAGCCUUGGUGGGGGGUCAUUUAUUCUUCCCAGGGCUUUGAAGGGACGCUUUCGCAAGGUUAGCGGUAUGCUCACCUCCCUGAUGACUCCAGAGAGACGGGCAGUGAAAAGGAUAGCUGAAUUGUCCAGGGAUAAAAGUUCCUAUUUUGGCUCACUGGUCCAGGACUAUAUUAGCUUUGUGCAGGAGAAUCGUGGUUGUCACACAUCAGGAGAGGAUUUUCUGCAGACACUCAGGCAGUUUAUGACGCAAAUGAAAGCUUAUCUGUGCCAAAGCUCUGAGAUGGACCCUCCAAUAGAGUCACUCAUCCCUGAAGAUAUGAUUGAACAGGUGCUGGAAAAGGCCAUGCACAAGUGCGUGCUGAAGCCCCUGAAGACUUUCAUUGAUGUGGCCUUACAUGACUUCCAGGUGAAUAGUGGAGAUUGGCAGCAGAUGAAAGAGAACUUGGCCUUGGCUAAGUCUAAGAAGCCCCAAGAGCUGGGCGUGGAUGGUGCAGUACCCCCUGACUCCGUAGCGAUUGAGAAGAUCCGACAAAAGUUCCUUAGCAUGAGAAAGAUGUACUCACCUGAGAAAAAGGUGUCAAUGCUGUUACGUGUGUGCAAGCUCAUCUACACCAUCAUGCAGGACCACUCAGGGCGGAUGUACGGGGCUGAUGACUUCCUGCCCAUGUUGACAUACGUGGUAGCGCAGUGUGACAUGCCUCAACUGGAUAUAGACAUCCAGUACAUGAUGGAGCUACUGGAUCCGUCUCUUCUUCAAGGAGAAGGAGGUUACUACCUGACCAGUGCCUAUGGAGCUAUGGCCCUGAUCAAGAAUUUCCAGGAGGAGCAAGCAGCAAGGGUGCUGAGCUCUGAGGCCAGAAACACUUUGCACCAGUGGCACCGCCGACGGACUGCUCAACGUUCAGCACCUACUGUUGAUGACUUUCAGAACUAUCUACGUUUAGCCCUGCAAGAUGUGGAUACGGGCUGCACAGCUAAAACCUUAAUCGUCCAUUCGUACACCACGACAGAAGAGGUCUGCUCACUUUGCGCUUACAAAUUCAGGAUUUCCCAGCCUGACGACUACGCUCUCUUUCUGGUCACCGAGGACACCUGUCAGCAACUAGCCCCAGACACGCACCCUCAGCAAAUCAAAGCUGAGCUUCACAGCCGACCGCUGGCAAAGACCUUCCAUUUUGUCUACAGAAGAGUGCCUAAUCUAAAUGUUUGUAUACCUACUGAUGUCCAAGUAGAAGAAUGAGAGGAUAUGUUUCAAUUAGACUUAUUUAAAUCCAAACAAUUACUGAUAUUGACGUAAUGGUUUGGUGCUGAAUGACGCCUCAUUGAUCUGGUGCAUCUUAUUAUAUGGAGCUGUCAAGUGGGAGGUUGGAGUAUGUAAACUGUUCUCAGAAACAUAACAGUUAAUAUUACGGUACAGCAAGUGUAUUUGCUCAUAGCAUUGCAAAGAUACUGUACAUUAAAAAUGUAGUGAUAGGCUAUGUGAAGUAUUAAUUUGCAGGAAAUAAGGCUAUGCUGUACGUUGAAGAGGAAAGGAUAGGUUGUGUGAAGUGUUGAUUUACAGGAAAUUAGGAUGUUUGGGAUGAAUCUGGGAGAAAACUUUUCCAUCAGAGAUUGCCACAGCAAGUUAGAAGAUGGUCUCUUGAGCUGGCUGGAUACGCACACAGUCUGGGAAGCAACGAUGACAUAUGAUAUAGCAUUUAUGUAUGUAACUAACUGCUGUAAUCCCAUUUCGCCUACAAAAAGAGAUGUAACAUACUUUAUGCUACAGCAACAUUCAAAUGUCACCAAAUGAUGAACUAGCUUCAAAGAACAUGAACCACAUAAAAACUCAAUUACAUGGAAUGAGCCAUUGUAACUAAAAAAUCUUGUUAUUAUUUUCCCUGCAAUUGCUGGUCAAUUGCAACUUGUAUUUCUAUAAAAUACAUUUUUUAUAUUCAAAUGGCUGUCCAUAAUCUCUAUUGUUGCAGAUUUGUGUUCUCAAUCUAUAGUCCUGCACAACCAGUGGCAGUUUUAGGGGUGGGGCCAAAGGGGCGCUGGCCCCACCUUUAAUUGAAUGGCCUCUAAAGUGCCCCUUUCCCCAUUUUGCACAAAGCGUGGCAAUCAGUGAAUCCUUUUCUGAGGUGAGAGAGAAUGUUGUUUGCAGAUUAGGCCUGAAUGACAUAUCAUGUGAACACACUUUUCAAAGUAUUCCAGGGUGCUUAGUCUUUUAUGUUCUGAAGCAGCUCUGAAGGCUUCAUUGUCUCGUUUGCAAGCUUUGGCCACAUACUAUGCAGAGCACACUUGGUGCCUGAAAGUCAGUUAUUGCGAUAAAACCAUAUAUUGGAUAAGAUUCUUGGUAUUGUUUAUAUACAUAUAUAUAUAUACAAUGUAUCGCAAAAGUGAGUACACCCCUUGCAUUUCUGCAGAUAUUUAAGUACAUCUUUUCAUGGGACAACACUGACAAAAUGAAACUGACACAAUGAAAAGUAGUCUAUGUGCAGCUUAUAUAAUAAUCUAUUUUCCCCUCAAAAUAACUCAAAAUAUAGCCAUUAAUAUCUAAACCCCUGCCAACAAAAGUGAGACACCCCUAUGAAAAAAUGCACAUCCCUAAAUGUCCAAAUUGAGUGCUGUUUGUCAUUUUCCCUCCAAAAUGCCAUGUGACUCGUUACAGGAGUGCUGGCAGCAUUGCUGCAGAGAUUGAAGAGGUGGAGGGUCAGCCUGUUAGU